AGACAGCUCAUAAUAUUACAUUAAUAAUAUUUUCCCUCAGUCUAAUUUGCAGUCGAUCAGUGCUACUACUACUACUACUGCUGUUACACACACUCAUACUGUACAUAAGUUUCCAUAUCUUGAUAUGAUUGGAGCUCAACCUCAAAUAUUUGACUGGUCUGAAAUCCACAUAACUGGAAAGAAACUGCUAUGAACUGAUCGUCAAUACCACAAGACCUUUACAUCCGCGGAUCCACCUUUGGCGUCUGGAGCGGUGAGGAAGUUUGGCACCUUGUCGUGGAGUCUCAAGAAGAACGUGCAGCUGCUCAUUCCUCUGCUACUUUAAUUUCCCUCAAGUCGACUGGGUGUGUUGCUGAUUUAGCUCCUCUCUACUGACUUGUUUUUUUCUUUCAAGCAUUCUUGCUGCAUUGUUCCACAUUGACGUAUUACUGUUAGCUUGCGCAUGUCACAGUUGCAUUAUGACUUUUCUUUUUUUCAUCUCAUUACUAUGGAUUGGUUUGUUCAGGGUCAUCAAAUAAGACUAGGUUAGAAUAAAAUGUCUGGCUGUGCUAGACAUUCCUUCCAAAGUCGAGCUUUAAUUUCAGUUUUCCUGUGAUGCUGGAGGUCUAUAAAUGCAUGGGGAGCUUCUGCAUGUAUCACUGGAUGACUAACCAUAAGCUCCAUUCACGGGUGAUGAGAUUUUCUCACCAUAGUUGAUAGUGUUUGCAUAUACAGGAAGUUGGCUGCUUUUUUUUUUGCACAUUAAAUAAAAUCAAGAGGGUAAAAAAUACCUGUUAAAUACGCACAGUUGCUCUCUGCACAAAUCUCCCAACCCUGACCUCGGUCACCAGCCCCAUUAACCUUGCCAUGGGUCACGAUUUUCUGGUUAUUCCAAUGCUAUGAAUAUUUACCCAUGCUGCUGCUGCACAGCUUGCAAACAAUAACCCACUGUCACUUGUUCAUAGUACAAAGCUACAGUUAACGGCGGGUCAGUUUGGUGCUGUAUUCGACUGUCACACCUCUGUGAUUGUCUUCACAAUGCUUCUACUGUUCAGUCAGCAAGUAUGAGCCCCUGAAGGCCCCCCCCCACACACCCUUAACUCUUACACCCUUCUGCUUGUACUCACUGCACUGCUGUCACUGUCCUGCUGCUUGUCACUUCUGUUUUCACAACAUCACACUUCUGUAAUCUUCCUUCCCACUUCCUCUCACACACAGGCUUCACUGCACUACCGCACCGCCGCGAGCAUGCAGCGUACCCCAGAACCUACUGCGACAUCGUCAAGCCUCUCUGCGCCGCCGCCGCCUCGCCAAAGCUCACCUGUGCCGACCUCCCGCCGAGGAGUCUCGGGCAGCAGGGGUUGAGCCCCCAGCUCCGCAGGCUGGAGCAACACCAGAGGCACCUGCUGGAGAUGCAGCAGCGCAGGGAGCAGCAGAACAGGCCGCUGGAGGAGUCAGAGCAGGAGAGGAAGACAAGGGAGGAGGAGGAGCAGAGGAGGAAGAAAGAGGAGGCAGAGGAAGAAAUAAAAAGGAACAAAGAGCAGGAGGAGGCAGAGGAAGAAAUUAAGUUGAAAAAAGAUGAGAAGGGGAAGACGAGAGAGCAGGCAGAGAUGACUAAGAAGGAAGAGGAGGAGCUGAAGCAGAGGAGAGACUUGGAAUUACAGCUACAGGAGCAACAACAGGAGCUGAAGCAAAGGCAACAGAUCAUGCAGUGGCAACAGGAGCUGCAACAGUCUAAUACAAGUCAGGCUGUGCUGCUGUCUCCCUCCUCUGGGCUCUGCACCAUCUAUGAAGCUCUUGAGAACAGUGAUGAGGAGGAGGCUGAAGAUGAAGAAGAGGGAAUAAACGAGCUGAAUCCUUCAAAAGAGGAGCCCAAGAAAGAGAUGACAAAUUUAAAGAUAGUCAGCGACUUUGAAAGAGUGAUGUCAGAUAAAGAAAAACAUCAAGACUCUUUGCCAUCAACCAACAACUACCCAGAAGCCCCUGAGACACCCAGCCCCCCCUCCCAGGAUAAUGACAGCUCCUCCCCUUGCCCUCCUGAGUCUCCAGAGCGACCUCCACCCCUGGACCUGGACUGGGGCAAGAAAGUGGACAUAGUCCAGCAGCUGAUCAAUCAGACCCUGCUGCUGAAUGGAGACGGCUGCUCGUCCUUGCUGCGGAUGGCGGGGUGUGCAGGAGGCACCCUGAGCCCCCUGGAGAGCAGCCUGUGGCCCACCCUGCUGCCCCCGCUCACCCCUCCCUCGGCCACCGUCACCUCCGUCAGUAGUUUCUCUCCAGAGGCGACUGGAAGCUCGCCACAGGGAGAGUGGACAGUGGUAGAGCUGGAGACGCAUCACUGAGGAGCGAGUGUGUGAUGACACACUAGCUUUCGACUCGCACACAUAAACAGGGUGAUACACAUAUCUGCUCAGCCCAAUUUAUCUGAUAUAAUUUUUACCAUACACACAAUUAAGCAAAUGAGUUCAGGGAACAGCUGUAAAAGAUGAAGUCAAUUUUUUCACUGGAAAAAACGAAUAACCAUAACAAAUUACAUCACCUGUUAAAAGAAGAUGAACUACAUCACUUCGAUGACCAUCGUAUUGUUAUGAAGGUUGUAAAUCUCAUUGCCAAGUAUUUUAGAAAAAAAUAACCACCUGAUACAAAUCAAUAAUUGUUUUUGCAUUGUACAAAAAAAAAAAAAAUCAAUGGAGGGAUCAAAAACUGACCAGUACAAUAGACCUGUAAACCUGUGGUGCUGUGGCUCAGUGGGUCUCAAACAAAUCUAUAGCUAAAUCUGAGUGGUCGAAAGAGAACCAACAAGAUUAAAGAGCAGGAAAAUAGAUGUAUAUAUUUCAGGCUUUCCCGAUAAGUGCUUUGCGACCCCCCCCCCCCCCCCUUUUUUUUAACUACUGAAUUUCUUUUACCUUUUUGAAGGCUUUAUAAAGUGUUAUGGUAGAGCAACCUGAGACAGAUGCAUCACUUGCAGUUGAAGUGGUCACAGCCUGUAUACAGGAGAUUCAAAACUCAUAAGACAAAAGGUUGAGGGCAUCAGCUGAGGAUUCAACUGAGAGACACAGGGAUUUUCUAACUGGAAGAACAAGCACAUUUUUCACAGAUGCUAAUUCUUGGUGCUACAGCAGAACAGUUGAUAGUUUCUUGCAAGUAUGUGAGCUGUUUAUUGAUGCAAAAAAAAAAGCUGUGCGUGACUUAUUCAUCAUACAAUCCUCGGGUGAUGGUAACUAGUAAAUGGUUAGUUUGAAGAUUUCAAAAACGGAAUAAGUCAUUUGUGCAUCUUUUUGAACAAUCGUGAAGCUCGAGAUCCUGUUUUAAAUCCUUCUCUUCAUAUAAGAACAAACUUGAAAACAAACGGGAGCUUAUCCAAAGUGUGGAAUAUUUGGUUAUAUUCUUAUGCUCAAAUACUUAUUCUUCUCAAAUAUGUCUUUAAUUCAACACUGAUGCGUUGAGUGGUUAAUAACUAUUUUGUUAAGGAAAAAAGGGAUCAAACAUAUAUAUAAACCUGUUUCUUAUCUACUGUGGAAAUUAAAGUAGACGAACACGAAGCGACACCUCACUGAAACUCAGCUCUUCUCUUACCUCACACUCGUUAUCCGACCCCAUGGAAACAAACCCACUGAAACUCAACCCACACACACCUGAAACCAUGUGAUUAUUGACAUCAGUCCCAUGAUGCAUCACUCCAAUCAGGGUGUAACUGGACACUUUGCUUUAUGCCAAAACCUUGUGCCAUGGUUGGCCUAACACACUCACCCUGAUGAUGCCAAAUGGCUCCAUUAAGUCAAAGGUAGACACACUGGUUGUAGCUUGUUUAACUGAAGCCAGAGCUGUUCCUAUCAUGUUAUUAUUUAAAAGUGGGAUUACACUGGAGAUGUCUUACCACUGAAUAUUGCUAAAAUAGAUCUACAUGAUGCUCACAGAUUGACACGAAGUUGCACUUAUUCCAACUCAAGACUAAUAAUGUUUACUGAGUCAAAUAUGUUGAUGAUCGAGGCCCAGAGUCCUCCCCCUACUGAAGGUCAUUAGCCUCUGACACACUGGGGUCAGGCACUGCUGAGGUUGGAGUCGACGAGCACAUGAUUGAGAUCAGGUUUAAACUGCUGAGGGUUAUUUCUCCUGUGGUGGGCGUCAUUGUUCUGGAGCCGCACGUUAACUUUUUUCCACAGGUGUAGUCUUCCUUCGAUUCUCACACCUGCCUGACAGAGGACGCUUCUUCAGUCACAGGCAGCGGUUGAUACAGAUGAUAGUCUGUAAUUCUAUCGGACACAGACUUUAAACAAGACUCUAGGUUUGAACCAACACUUCUGUGAGGGUCAGGGGUCACCGCCCUGUGUCAUCAGAAGGAGGAGGGGGGUUUGGUAUCAGGUUAUUCUGUGUAUUAUUUGUGUAUCAAUGUUGACUGUGAUGAGCUACAGUAUGGUUGUGUGUGUUAGUGGGUGUCUCUCACUGGUUGUAAAUGUUCUUAUCUGUGCUUUACACCAUUGUCAGUCUGUGUUGGUAGGUCAGUGGUGAAGACAGGCUCAGGUCACUGGUUUAAAGACUGGGGAAUUCUUUAAAGCCAAAUUUCCUAACACAAGUUUAGAUGAGGGCUCUAAAAUAUGGAGACUACAAGCGACUGGUGUCAGAAAAUUUGACAUUUAUUCCCCCCCCCCAUGUCUCAUCCAUGCUUUGUAUUCAGUCACUUCCUGACUUGCUGACUUGCCCUCUGGUGUUAAACCGUAUAAAGGCUGAGUUGUUUAUCAGCUGAAGUGAAAACAGAGAAGACUCAGAAGUCAGUGUUUAAUCUUUAAUGACUCAACAGACAGAUUCUUACCCGUUAGUUUUUUUUCACUGAAGAAAAUUCCCCUGACCGUUGCACGCUAGUUUGUCCAGUCUCUUUAUGGAAGCUUGGCAGGGCAACAUAACCCUCACUGUAUUUUUUUGACAAAGCUGGACUUUUAUGAAAUGUGCUCACGCAAACAUGCCCGGGUAGUUUUGUGUAUAUUGUUUAAAGACUUAUCACUGUAAUGAAGGGAAACUCCACUUUACUUUUGUACUUGAGAGAUUUAGAAGUAUAGCAGCCCUUUAAGAGUCAGAUAUAGAUUUGUAAUGAAUUAGAGAAUGAAUGAUGUUGGUUGUAAAUGGUAGAUUUGAUUCUUUGUUCUAAGUAAAAUGCCUUUUUUUAUGUCCACUCUUUGGAACAUAUGAGCUGAAUGGUUGUAAGGUCAAACUGAACACAGCAGGCUGAAUUCUGGGGAAAACACUGUCAUUUAUUACUCAGUGUAAGGUGUUAAAUCUGACAUUUGGGAUAUUAAUUUAUUAAACAUGAAAUGAGGCUCAUGUGUACUAAUUUAAAUGACGAUGAUGAUGAACCUGAUGGAAUAAACUGGGCUUUCUCACUUGUGGGACACAAAUCAUGGCAGCUCGUUUUAAAGUGUAAAGAAAUUCUUUCCUUAUUGUCUUUUGACUUUCUGAACAACAGAAACCUGUGAUUGUUUGUAAUUUUUCAAUGCAACUUUUAAUGUAAAUAAAAUGUUUUUUUUAAU